CCCAGGACAGCGAACACGACUUCGUAGAGGGCGCGACAAAACGUAAACAAGACAACGUGCUCUUGCUGUUCCUGUAAAUAUCCAAGCGUUCAAUUUCAUUUUACGGUUUCUUUAGGUUCUCGUCGAUUGCAAAAUAGAGCGGCAUGUGUCCUCAUUCUGUUCCACUGUUAGUGUAUUCUACACAAUCGUCGGCUGUUUCAAGAUAUGCUCUUACAUUCGCGCACGAAACCCGCCUUUCCGUGUUUAUGGUCAUCCGAUGAGCUUUUCUAAAUAUGAAACUGAGAAAACUUCCUCCCGAUGUCGUCAGCAAGCUUCGAUCAGGAGUUGCAGUUGUGAGUAUCGCACACUGCACGGAAGAACUUAUACUGAAUGCACUUGACGCUGGAGCGACAGCAGUUGCCGUGCGCCUAAAUUUACAUUACCAUAAAGUGCAGGUUGUGGACAACGGGCAUGGUAUGUCAAAAGAACAGCUGACCGCAUGCGGAGAAAGGUAUUCGACAAGUAAAUGUCGUUCAGUGGCAGACUUGGAGCACCCGAAGUUCUACGGAUAUCGUGGAGAAGCUCUUGCAAGUUUGGCGGAAAUGUCUGGUGGCUUACAAAUUGAAUCAAGAACUGCAGCAUCAGAGACGACAUACUUUAAGAUAUUUGCCCGUGGUAAAGUGCAUAAACUUACGAGGUCAUCGGAAAAUAGACCGAGUGUUGGCACGACCGUUACAGUCACGGAUUUCAUGUACAACUUACCAGUUCGACGAAGGUGUGUCUCUGAAACUAUUGACCUGGAGUUCUGCCUGCAGAUCAUUGAGGGGAUUGCCCUUUGUCACCCUAAUGCAUCAUUCACACUGCGAAAUGACAUUACUGGAGAGGUCUGCUUCCAAACACAUAAGACUAACUCAACGCUCGAAACAUUUGCCCUGCUCUUUGGAAGAAGCAAAGCCGCAGCUCUAAAAUGUGCCACUCAUUGUGAAGGGACGCUCAGCAUCAAAGCGUACCUCAGCACUGAAGGGCAUUCCUCAAAACAACUACAGUUCAUCUACCUCAAUGAUAGACUGCUACUCAAGACACGGGUUCAUAAGAUGAUAAACAAUGUCCUGAAGAAGUACGUCUUUAGAGGCAAAAGCGGCUUUCCAACUAGUCCUACGAAGAUGAAGAAUAAACAUCCCAUCUUUGUUGUGUUUCUUAAGUGCACAUCAAGGACGUACGACAUCACUUUUGAACCGAAGAAGACUAUGGUGGAGUUUGCGAACUGGGAUGCUGUGACUAAAUCCUUGGAAUGCUUGCUGGGCAGUUUCCUCCGUGAGAAUCAAAUAAUCAGCCAUGACAUUGUGAUUUCGGGAGACCUUGUGUAUUCUCAGAAGACACCAGAGAAACCAGAGCAUAAUCCAUCUCUUGGAAUGGUGGCAAGUCAACUACGCGUAGAAGAUUUUAGACAUGCUUUGGUGUCAAAAAGAGUUUCAAAAUUAAGACAAUCUGACAUUGCGGAAGACAACGUUGAGAAGGAAGCUGUAGUAUGCCAGCAUCAUGAUGAAGCACCGAUCUUACCUGCACAACACAGCAUGGCAGAGGUGGAUGAGGACAAGAUAAUGCAGACAACAGAGAAAGGCCACAGCACAGAGGCGUCUGCGGAACAGUGUAAAAAUCUCAAACUUCCCAUGGUUUCAAUUGCCCUGCCACCUUCAUAUUCAGAUUCUUCUAAAAACAGAGGACGCUUGUCUCUCCCAAAAGAUAAAAGAGUUCUGGACAUCACCAAGUAUAGUUUCCAAAGGAAGAAACCCACUGCCGCAAAGAAACCCAAAGGCAAAGAAAAGUGUGCAAAUGUUUUACAGCACGUGUCACCACAAAAAGAAAUAUGCACGCAUACCAGCAUAAAGUCACGGCAAGCACAGAGCUUGGAGAGAGGCACCUCCGAGAGGAUGGAUGAUGUCCCUGAACAUUUGCAAGAAGAAUCUACUGCUUUCUUUCAGGAGCUAGCGAAAGACCAGUGCUAUAAAACUAUUGCAUUAAAGGAAAGCUCUCUGAUAGCACAGCAUGGUUGUAGUAAAGCUACAGAAAAACGUGUGACAUUUGCAGAACCAAGUCCUUAUUUUGGUCCUGGAACUAACACAUGGUACUUUCCACAUACAAGAACUUCAAAGCACCCGCAGGAAACUUCAACGUUGCCCUAUCGGCAGUCGAAGGAACAUGAACAUCAGCAAAGCACUGCUGAGGCUACUCCGAUUUCAAAAAAGCUUCGACGUAGAUUCGGUCAGUGCACUGAAAAUGCCAACUUGAAAGAGAGUACAGAAACUCAUCAUAGUGCUUACUUCCUCUAUGAUAAGUCAAAUAUUGACAAUCGUAGUCCACGUUAUGGGAAUGGCAUAAUUGCAAAUGACCCUUCUAUACACAAUGCUGAGGACAUACUGUAUGACCAUGGUGAAUCCAGAUAUGAGUAUGGGCACUGUGAUCGUGAUUGUGAUUUUGAGGGGGUACCAAAUAAGGUUUUAAGACUGAACAAUCCAACAUUUGGUGACCCUUCUAUAGAAACUGUGGAAGGACUGUCACAGGAUGAUGACGAAUCGGUAUGUUAUGAGGUCAGGUCGGUAACUAACAGCUAUGCCAUUAACCGGAAUGAUUCUCAGUGCAGCUUCACGACUCAACCAUUCACGGUGACUCAAGAGUUUCAGAUGCCUUUUUUCCGAUACCAUGAAGCAGCGCUUGACCCCGUAAAGACGCAGCCACCUCCUUCAUUUAAAACAGAAACCAACAGAACUUCGACCAGAGAUACCGAAAUACAAAAAGAAACGUCACUGAAUUCAUUACUUGAAGAAGAAACAUCUUCGCCGCUUCGAAACUCCCUUCUUUCAGUGUCGAGGCCAGCCAUUUCUGAUGUGGAAUAUAGAGCUAAUUCCUGCGAUGAAGGAAGCUCAUCAGUAAUACAGUGUGGCCAGGAAACAAAUGCUUCCCUUGUUUCCGCUCGCUCCUCUUCCCUGCCGCUAACUACACUAACAUUCCUGAGGUCUAAGGACAAUCUUUCGCCCACUAGAAACGUACAGCCAACUUGUUUAAGUCAACCUAACUAUGAUUCAUCGAGCGACAGACAUCAUUUUCACAGCCACAUUAGCCAACAGUACUCCUCGGAGAGGACAACAAGAAAUAGCGUAGAGAGCAUUUCAUUCAUUAACAGUCAGUGCAAUUCAAAAGGGAAAUAUUUUCAAGAAGCAGACCUUUCUGCCAAAGCAAAAAGUGUCUUGCCCGAAUGUAAUGUUGCACAUUUAUCGAGACACAGCGUUAGUAGCAACAUGACAAAGGAUCCUUUGAAAGACAUUAUUGGUGAUGACACGCAGCUGCCAAGUUUCAUAAAUGAUGGAACUGCAGUGCACCAAGGGACAGUCAAUGGAAUCACCAGUUCUUCUGAAGACAGACGUGGACUGCCAGGUGUUAUCCAAGCCAUGCAAAUUACAGCACCUGAAGUGAAAGGAUCCGCAAGUACUACAGAAGAGCAGAACGUGGAAGCAUCUGAAGUUGAACCUGAGAACUGUGAAAUUUCUCCUGGGUGGGUGGCAUGGGAGGAUCCAGUUUCUGGCCAGAAAAUGUACAUCAACUUGCCAUCUGGAAAUAGCAGCUUCCUGCCACCACCAUGCUUAGGCGAGGAGAAAGCUCUCUUUACAGAGCCCAUUAAAUCUCCAUCCUUGGACCUGGAGUUGCGGACCAACUAUGUCCCCUGCGGGGACUCCAAAUCACUGCUAUCGAGGCCUCGAGUGGAACGGCCACAAUUCAGAUGCGAACCUGGACAAGAACAAUCCAGCCUUGUGCAGCUUGUACAAAAAUGGCAGAACCCAGUAUUCACACACAAUGUACUGCAGGAUAUACCGGAAGCAGGACUUUACAGACAAAAGGAUAGUGUAACAGCGUCGUUUAGCAUUCGGCAGCCGUAUAAAUUUACAAAGGAAAUGCUGGAGCAUAUUAAGGUGAUUGGUCAAGUAGAUGCUAAAUUCAUAGCAUGCCUUAUGCCUGUCCACGACAGUGGCAUGUUCAAAGAUGACUGCCUUGUGGUAUUGUUUGACCAACAUGCAGCACAUGAGAGAGUUCGACUGGAACAGUUGUUGGAAGGGCAGCACGAAAGCUUUGGGUCAAUCAAGCGGAUAAGAUCAUCUAGCGUCAAGCCCAGCCUGGAGCUUUCUGUGGAACCGGAUGUUCUGAGAAGGGCCGUCAUUUGCCAGAAGGAACUGAAGCAAGUUGGAAUUCAGUUCACUGUAAAAAAGUCGACUGUGCUGGUCGAACGACUGCCAACUUGUCUCGUAGAGAGAGAUAACAGCGAGAGGCAGAAUGGAAGGUCGCCAACACUUGCCAAGCAUGCAAAGGAAGUACUAGAAGAGUACACUGCAACUUUGGUCAGCACAAAGAAGACUGCCAUAACGCUUCCUAAAGUAAUGCACGACGUACUCAGCUCGCAAGCCUGUCGAGGUGCAAUAAAAUUUGGAUCUGUUCUUGGACUGCUGGAGUGCCAGAAAAUACUCAGAGGCCUGGCUACAUGUAGCCUACCAUUUCAGUGUGCUCACGGUAGACCAUCCGUUGCACCAGUUGUCGACCUCAGGUAUCUCACUGACAAAGAGGUACAUAGCUAACAAUGUCACAAUGGCAACGGAUGCAGCCACAGCGAGGAAUAGCGAAACAAAUGCCAAGAACCACAUUGCCUUGUGUGUCGUGCUGGCAUCUUGGAAAGAAGUGUCAUAGGAGAAGCAGAUACUCACAUCGUGGCUGGUGCCUCCCUGAGCAUGCUCCUGAGAUGACAAUGAGCCAUCGGGAGAUGCAGUGAGAGAGGUCUUCGUAGACAUCCAUGGUCCAUGGGGCACAGACGGUGCAGGACGCUUUUGCUGAGCUGGUAUGGCUGAACGAAGGAGUUGCAUGUGCCAUGUCAACAGUUACACACCAUACGUACAGGCAGUCAACGAACAAUAGAUUGCGCACUACCACUUCCAAUGGGGUCGCAUUUCUCACAGCCCCUUGCUGCCCGUUUUGCUCGAAAGAGCAGCAUAUGAUUAAGGCCCUCGGUUUUCCGCGAUUCAGUGAUUCCGCGAAAUUUUGCGCAAUUCGGAAUGAAUCGCAGAAUCCUUCGUUUGGCACAGAAUUUCACGGAAUCCCUUAUUUUUAGGGGUGUGCGGUUAUUUGACUUCUCGGCUUCGAACCGAAUAUCAAUCACUUGGAGUAUUCGAUUCGCGAUUCGAAUACCCAAUAUUCGGGUCUCCGGAUAUUCGACUAUUCUGCAGAUACGGACGAGGCCUCCCAAAAGUGGGCUUUACCUGACAUUUCCCUGCAUGAGGUGAAGCCUGCUUUACGAAAUUGUACAUGCUGUAUAUGCAGGACAGAGACAGAUUGUAGUUUAGCUUGAAAUAAUGUUAGCCCAAGUUUAUUGUGCAUACUUCCCCUGAAGAAGGGGCGGCGUCCCUCCCGUGUGCAGUUUAGCGGUGCAGUGGGGGAUUUUGAUUUGAUGUCUGGGAGGUUGCCUUCAAAAAGUUAACACUCUUAAGUAAUGCCUACAGCCCAGGAACGAAAAAAGGGUGUCCUAAAGACGUAACUUCCCCAGAGCAUGUAUGGUAAACUCCCUCCUUCCUAUGAAGUUCCUAUAAACUCUGUAGAUGUUGAAAGAUCUUUCAUCAGGUAUAAAGUGAUUGCAGGCAACAGACCGCAUCAGAGGAGAACACAAGAUACCAUGUAUGUAAUGCUGAGCCACAACAGUGCUUUGAAUCUGUAAUUUUAUAAAAUACUUUUUGUUCCGACAUUAUCCAAGAAAAUAAAGUGUUUCCUCUUUCAAGCAGUCACUGACUGCUCGCCGCGGAAAAUCACGGAAUUUACAAGUCGGUGGCACGGAAUUUUGAAUUUGCAGCAGCAGAAAACCGAGGGCCUUACAUAUGAUGAUGAAUUGGCUAGCACUGAGCAUGAUAUAGCGUGCGCACCAUAUUGCGACCAAGUAGGAGAGAGAUGUACCAUUUAAUAUAAACCAGAAUGUAAAGGUCAAGGUUCUUUCUCUUUUUUUUUUCCAAACACUGCCUUUGCCUUAUGAGCUGGUCAAAUGGAAAAGAUCAGGGUUGCCAUCCUGCAACAGAUACAUCGUCAUGUGCUCAGUGCAGCAUUCUCGGUCUUCAGAUGCAACAGCAAAUUUAAUUUGUGCUUCAACCGCCUUUGUUCUGCAGCCGCUUGGUGUCAUUCUCAAUUAACUCUUCAAAGAUUGUAUCAGUGAACAGUAUAAUGAGUGGAUGCCGCAGGAUAAUGCGAAGACACUAAACGGUCAUAUACAAUGGCUGCCACUCUCAACUGUGUGUGAGUGGGUUUCACCUACGUGGAGGGCACUUACUGAGGAAAUGGUGGAGAAAAGCUUCAAAAAGUGAUACAUGUUAGCAACAAUGCAUAGACAGAAUCAGGACGACUUGUUGUGGGUGGGUGAUGAUGAACACUGUUGCCGUCCGAGCCGGAAGAGAACCAAACUGAUGGAUGCGCAUUUUCUUUUUAUGUUUUGCAAUGUCUUUGUACAAUUAACCAUUCCAGGUCCACUGCUCCUUAAUCAUUGCAUUGGGUAUUUCUGCCUUAGUUUUUCUCUUCAGAAAGUGAGGUCAACUCAUACACAGGAUCAACUUAUAAACUAAGUACCUAAGUAUAAUGGUAUCGAAGUUUGUCAAAAUUCAUGAAGUUUCUUACUCCCAUCAUAUGAGACCGCUGAAAGGAACACUGCCCAGAAAAUUCGUGUACAUACCUGGUUUCACGGAUUUCACCCAAGCCCGUUUUUCUUCCAUAGCAGCAACAGCUUGAACAGUCUGCAAUAUGCAGGGACCAAAUAUGUAGGUUGGUAAAUGUGUGCAAUUUCGUGUGCGCAGCAUCAAAGAUGCAGGUCAUUACAGAUUCCCCAUAGUAGUAUGUUAUGUAU